CGUCUACGAAAGGCCGCCGAGGGCGCCAUUCCCGCAAAGCGUACGCUAGUCCGCGGAUAUAGUUCAAAAGGCGGCGGCCAGGAAAAUCUUUUUUUUACAAGUUCAGAAGGACUAGAAGCUCGCGGAGCGCCCUUCCAGCAGCUGUUUGUGUCACCGUCUGAGUCGAACUCCGUCUACGAAAGGCCGCCGAGGGCGGCGUCAUUCCCGCAAAGCGUACGCUAGUCCGCGGAUAUAGUACAGUUCGUGUGAUAUAGUACAGUUCCGCGCGAUAUAGUACAGUUCAUUCAAAAACCGUUCUGUAUGAUGAAUAUAGUACUGGCGGCGCCUUUGAUUCGCC